GGACCGACCGUAUUUGGUAAAAGUUGGCAUCUUUGGUACUUGUCGAGCACUAUUCAGUAUCUCCCCAAAGCUUUCCGAAUACCUCCCUCGGACCCUAGCGCGGGUGCAUGCUCAUCACCAGAGCUAAUACAAGGGGGUGGUUUUCCAGAUGGAAACAUAAGCAAUGUGUAUAAAGUCACAGGUCAUGGAAGAAUAAUACUUAGGGCACCAAUUCUCAUUGCCCACUGCCGAGCCAUAGUGCGAUAG